AUGACUCCCAGAACCUUCCUGAAGGCCUUUCCGCUGAUGGGGGAGACACAGGAGCGUGAGCGGGUUCUUACGCACUUCUCCCGCCGGUACUGCCAGUGCAACCCUGAUGACAGCACUUCGGAAGAUGGGAUCCACACGCUCACCUGUGCCCUGAUGCUUCUCAACACGGACCUGCAUGGACAUAACAUUGGCAAGAAGAUGUCCUGCCAGCAAUUCAUUGCCAACUUGGACCAGCUGAAUGACGGACAAGACUUUGCCAAAGACCUGCUGAAGACCCUUUACAACUCCAUCAAGAAUGAAAAGCUGGAAUGGGCCAUUGAUGAAGAUGAGCUGAGGAAAUCACUGUCUGAGCUGGUGGAUGACAAGUUUGGGACAGGCACAAAGAAGGUGACACGGAUCCUGGAUGGUAGCAACCCCUUCCUGGAUGUCCCACAGGCUCUCAGCGCCACCACCUACAAGCAUGGUGUGCUGACCCGGAAGACUCACGCCGACAUGGAUGGCAAGAGGACGCCCCGUGGGAGGCGUGGCUGGAAGAAAUUCUACGCGGUGCUCAAAGGGACCAUUCUGUACCUGCAGAAGGAUGAGUACAGGCCUGACAAAGCCCUGUCUGAGGGUGACUUGAAGAACGCCAUUCGUGUGCACCAUGCUCUGGCCACCAGGGCCUCCGACUACAGCAAGAAGUCCAAUGUGCUCAAGCUGAAGACAGCCGACUGGAGGGUCUUCCUCUUCCAGGCACCGAGCAAGGAAGAAAUGCUGUCCUGGAUCCUUAGGAUCAACCUGGUGGCUGCCAUCUUCUCGGCGCCCGCCUUCCCAGCUGCUGUUAGCUCCAUGAAGAAGUUCUGUCGGCCCCUGCUGCCCUCCUGCACCACUCGCCUCUGCCAGGAGGAGCAGCUGCGUUCUCAUGAGAAUAAAUUGAGGCAGGUGGCUGCAGAGCUGGCUGAGCACAGGCGUCACCCGGUCGAGCGGGGCAUCAAGUCCAAGGAGGCUGAGGAGAACCGGCUGAAGGAGCAUUAUCUCACGUUUGAGAAAAGCCGUUAUGAGACCUACAUCCACCUCCUGGCUGUGAAAAUCAAAGUGGGCUCAGAUGACCUGGAGCGGAUUGAGGCCCGGCUGGCCACCCUGGAGGGGGAUGACCCUUCUCUCCGCAAGACACACUCGAGCCCUGCCCUCAGCCAGGGCCACGGAACUGUGACUGGCAGCAAAGCCACGAGGGAUAACACUGGGCCUGAUACUUAGCUGGCAUAGAUGGGCAGGUCCCAGAGGCAGGCAGUGCCCCCAGAGGGGUCAGUGAGCACAGUUCCAGCCAGGGGCCACUCAGAUCAGCUCCAGGCAGUUGUUGGGCAGCCAGGGGGGUGUGGAGAGCCCUGUGGGCCAAGGAGAUGGAGAUGCUAUUCAUGAUGUUGAUCUUGCAUCCUGGGGCUGCUCUGGGCCUCCGACCCUCUCCCCAGCUCUCACAUCCUUCUUCACCCCAGAGCCUCAUUUUCUAGGCCAGUUGUGUGCAUGCUCUAGACACCAUCUCACUGGAGAAGUGGGAAGGGUGGUUGACUUCCCAGGCUCUCCUCUUCUCACAAGUUCCUCCCCUCAUGUCCCUUGUUUCCGAGGGCAGGUCUUGACCCCAGGUCUCAGCUUGGACUCCCACCCUUUCUCCUCCUCCUUCCUCUGAGUUGACCAGCAGCAGGUCUGCAGACCACCAGCACUAUCCUCUCCUCCUCCACUCAGCAGCCUUGGGAACCACACCCCAUUCUCCUGCCUCACCUGGCAAUAACCCAGGACCCAGGCCUGUCCCUCAGUGCCAAGCUCUCUCCACUCAAGUGUGUGUCCAUCUCAUCUUCCAUCCAUCGAGGCCACUACUGCUUUCUUUUAUAUGGACAUAAAUGUAUAUAUAUAAGAAUUAUAUAUAUAUAUAAGAACCCCUUUAGAGAUGGUUUUGGAACUGAUAUCAGUUAGAGGAUGAAAUAAGAGGUAGGAAAAGCCUAUUUCAGAAUGCACUUGUUAGCAAGGAGGGCUGCUCUCUGGCCCCUGGAGGUCCUGACACUCUGGGAGGGAAGGUAGAGAUAGUAUGACCUCCUCUCACCCUAUUUCCCCCUCUUCCGGCUGACCUGUGACUUAAACUGCUCUUACAGUUAAUGCUUUGGAAUAAAUAGUGUGUGUGUGUGUGUGUGUGUGUGUGUGUGUGCUGCCCUGUCUGUCCCACAGGCAUCCUGGGGUGUGAGUGGGAUGGGACCAUGGCCCUGUUUAUAUUUUGGUCUUUAUGUUGGUGCUGCCGGGUCUCUGAGCUCCAGAGGUGGCCUCUUGUACAGAUCUACUGCUACAGGAAUAAAAGACACUCUGCCUUGCAAAUAGCCAUUUGUCAACAAGCCCAAAGAUGUUUGCUGGGGGAAGGUUAUGGAAGCCAUUAAUUCUUGGUCUUGCGAAAAGGUGGAAUGACAAGUUGUUGAUUGUUUUUUAGGUUGCUAUUUCUCGUACUCGUCUAGUGACUCAGAAACGCUAGUGAAGGACAUGUCUGGGAAGAAUAAUUUUCCAUGUGAUGAUCACAGACUAGCAUCCUUUAAACCCUGCAAUCCUCAGACUGACAGUGGUGGGGGUGAUGGCACCCGCAAUACAGCUGUGAUGAGCAAAUCCUUUCUAUUUUUAAAAUAGAUUACUGUAGUUUGGCCAGCAAUUUGACCUCAGUGGUAACAUAUUUAGUUAAUAAGCCAACCUUGCAACUAAGCAGCCAACAUUUACAAGCCCACUCACAUUUGAUACAAGGGACCUGUGAGUCUGUGGAGAGAUGUAGUGAUUUAAAUCCAGGUUAUUUAAUUUGGAUCAGCUGAGUGUAUUUUAUAACCAAACCAUCUGGCACCUUCACUUUGCUGAGUGGAAGUAAAUGUUCAUUUAAGUGAAAUUGAAAGAGCAAUGUGGCAACGUAAAAAAGCUCUCUGUUCUUUUUUCUCCACGCUGUCUCAAAGGUCCUUUGAGUUUGGGGUCAGCUUCCCACCCUCUACCUCAUGAGGGUGGGUGAGUGAAAGCAGAGGAGCAGGCUCCAUCCACUGCAGACACGUGUGCUUCCCUGAGCACUAGCUGUGCCUCCCAU